AUGAUUUUUCUUUCAAGCAAAUUAAGCCAGUGUGGCCUGUUUGAUCUAUCUAUCUAUCUAUCUAUCUAUCUAUCUAUCUAUCGGUUUGUCUGUCUGUCUGUCUGUAUAUAUAUAUCUAUAUAUAUCUAUCUGUCCGUCUUGCUGGCUGUCUAUCUUUAUCUAUCUAUCUAUCUAUUCAUCAUAUCUACGUCCGUCCUUUCUUUAACCCCUCCCUCUUUACGUGUUCUCUUUUUUUUUUUUUUUUUUUUUUUUUCUUCCUCCGUAACAUCUAACCCGCUUUACUGCAGUGGCCUACAUUUUCACAAGUGCUUCUUUUUUUUUGAACUUGUGCCCCCUCCUUCUUUCUUUUUCUGGCACUUGACCUUCUCUGCGAAGAGCGAGCCCCCCCUUUUUAUCUUACCACCUUCAUACUAUCGGGUGCUACCAUCGAAGGGACGGCUACUUAUCUUUCCUUCCCUUCUCGCCAAUCUCGGGCAAAUAAACUACAUUUCUUUCUUCUUUUUUUCUCUCUCCCUUUCUCCCCCUCUCUCUCUCCCUUUCUCCCCUCUCUCUCUCUCUCCCUUUCUCCCCUCUCUCUCUCUCCCUUUCUCCCUCUCUCUCUCCUUUUCCCCCUCUCUCUCUCUCCCUUUCUCCCCUCUCUCUCUCUCCCUUUCUCCCCUCUCUCUCUCUCUCCCUUUCUCCCCUCUCUCUCUCUCUCCCUUUCUCCCUCUCUCUCUCCUUUCUCCCCUCUCUCUCUCUCUCUCUUUCCCCUCUCUCUCUUUUUUCUCCCUUUCUCUCCCCUUUCUCCCUCUCUCUCCCUCUCUCUCCCCCUCUCUCUCUCUCUCUCCUCUCUCUCCCUCCCUUUCUCCCCUCUCUCUCUCUCCCUUUCUCCCCUCUCUCUCUCUCCCUUUCUCCACUCAGUAA